UCCAAAAAUUUUUGAAACCCACCACUGGUUGGACUAGAUGACCUACAAGGUCCCUUCCAACUCUGUUAAUCUGUACCUGUAUGUUCCAUGUGUCUUGGUGCUAAAGGAGGGGCUGGUGGGCAAAAAGCUGCUUUAACCCUUUGAAAGCUGCUUUGUAUGUAGGAGUCCAAGCAAAUUUAAGCCCUUUCUUAGUCAAUUGGGUGAGUGGCUUGGCUCUACAAGCAAAACAGGGUAUAAAUUUCUUGUAAAAAUUAGCAAAGCCCUGGAAACAUUGAAUGUUUUGGACCUCGUGGGGGUCCAUUUGAAUGCCUUUUGGAAUAAUAAGGUAACCCAAGAAGUCUAGUUGUUGCAAGUCAAAGGGACAUUUUUCUGGCUUGGCAAAAAGAUGGUUAUCUUUUAGUCUAUGGAAAACAGCACAUCAGAAGUGGGUUCCUACCGAACAUGUAGUGGUUUGACAGCCUGGGUGGCUGGCACCAGCAGCGACCAAGGCCUGCCACGCCCCUGAGCUAGUUCGCUUACCACCUUGGGUUUGGUUCUGCGCAUGCCAGAGCAAUUUUUAUUGCACUGGCUGGCCAUGCCUCUGCCCGAUCCGACAUGUGCCCUGCCUCGCCUUUGCCAUGUGGAUCCACAGAACGGCCUCCUCCUGCCUAGACACAGAUAAGCAGCAUUCAUGCUAGCCUAGCCCCCACUCCCCGCAGGCUGCAACCCAGGCCCCGCCUGGUCAACUGGGUGGCUGGCAGGGAAAGCGGCAAGCGAGGUGGCAGGCAGGCAGGCGGGAGGGACUGCCUGGGCUCCAAUGCCUCCUCCUGCAGGGGCAGCAGCGGCGAGUGGUAAGGGAGGCAUCCCUGCCUCCUUCCACCGAGAGGCGGCUUGGGGAAAGCCAGCCUCCCCUGCUGCUGUGCUCUUCCCUCCACACGGAGCCUCUAUCAGCAGGGCACCUCCCAUUUCACCCCAAGCACAUCACCUCCCUGCCGCCACUGCUUCUACAGUGCCAAACAGUCUAUGCCCCCCCUACACCAGUGGUGGAUUCCAGAUUCUGUUCCAACCGGUAUGGUUGGAACGGCCUCGGUGCCACCCACAUGCCGCGCGGCACGCGCAUGCAUUGUAGCUGAAAAUGAAGCUUCAGCAAGCCUCCGUUACGCUCCCCCUACUCAGCAGAGUGGAGCGCAGGCCAUGCGCGUGCGCAGAAGCGCCAACAGCUUUAAAACAUGCUAAGGAUUGCUGAUACGUGGAUGGGACCUCCGGAGCACUGUACUGGAACAGUAUCGGGUGCUCCGGGCUGGCUCCGGUACUCCUGUAUUGGGGCGUACUGCCUGCAACCCCCCACUGCCCCCCCACAUCACGCUUGCUGCGGCACGAGGCAAGCGUGGCUGGGGAGAAAUCGGGGAUGGGGAGGGUCUGGAGGCUAUAGCUAUAUCACAUGAUGAAUGGUUGAUAUAUCUAGCUUAUCAAAGAGAAGGAUGGGGGUGGGACAUGAUAAUUGUCUUCCAGUAAUUGAGGGGCUGUCACAGAGAAGAGGGGAUUGUCUUACUUUCCAAAACACCAGAUAAUAUGUGGAAGCUGGUUAGAGAUUCAGCCUAGAAGUAAGGAGAAAUUUUCUAACAGAACAAUUAAUCAAUUGGAGCUUCAACUUUUAAUUUUAUAGAGUUCCAAAUAAAUUAUAUACUUUCUAUGGUAAUUAGUUUGUACACUUCAUGCCAUUUUGUUCAUCCGUUCAUAAUUUUUACAUGUACAUUUUACAUGUGGCAUUCCAGGUUCAGUCCAUUGCAGAUCUAACCAAAGUAUCUGAGAUACUAAAUGUGGGAAACCUUAGAUGCCUGUAGUUAGACAAAACAAAUGUCGGUAUGGAUAAGUCAAAAUACUUUUAUACAAUCAGAUGUGACAAGAUUUGUUGUCUAAAACUGCCCCCCUCAAUCUUGUAUCCAAGAGAUAUCAUGAGGUUUUUUAACUACCAGUAUUUGGUGGGCCAACAACACAGGUGCUUAGACAACACUCACAAGCACUCACAUACUCACAGAGUAUUAGUCCUUACUCACCAUUUCACCCUCUUCUCCACUCUUCCCCACUGCCAUUACUAUUGCUACUCCUUGCCAGAACUGCUAGAGAGGCUGUCAGAAGAAUAAUUUGGGGUUCCAACUCAAGCCGGGGUUGCACAAGAAUGAAUAAAAAUGAGGUCCAGACAGUGUGAGAGAAGAAGAAAUAUUUAUUCCUAAAAGGAAAACAGUUUGCUUUUAAGGGCAGGAUGCUCAGAAAUGGGAUACAGUGGCAAACUUUUAUAGGGGGAGCUUGUACGUACUAAUUCUAAGGUGACAGUUGAGGUGUGGGUGUGGGUGUGUGGGUGUAUGUAUGUAUGUAGAUAAUUAACUCUGUUGUGUUUGCAGAUCUUAUCCUUUGAUAUAUGGAUUAGGCCUGGGUAAGUUAUUUCAAGGUUUGUGGAAAUUUGCUAAUUUAAUUAAGUUGGAGACACUGAUUCUCAGACCAUUGUAGAUUCUGUGAAUAUUUUAAGGGAAGAUGGAAACUGUUUCAAUAAUAAAAUAUAUUUGGAGAAAAAUCUUCUCAUGCCUUCCACACACAGAUACCCCCCCUCCUCCCCACCACCACACAUACCCUCAGCUAUUUCACAGCACAGCUUUUAUAGUCAACUUUGCUGUGCCUGCUGGAGAGAGGGCUUAAACGGAUGGGACCACAGCUGGAGAUUUCCUUGGAUAUUGGUUCAUAACUCUGGCCCUUCCAGCCAAUAAUUCAAAUGGAGGAGAGCAUGUUGAAGAAGCAUAGUUUAACGAAGUAUAUUCUCUACAAUAAUAUGUCAGUGAUAUUCUGUGCAACAAUGAGUAAUACCAAUUUCUUUUCUUUCCAUGCAGCCUGAAUCUUGAUUUCUUUUUCUAACAAAGACAAUUAUAUCUUGGAAGAUGGAAGUAGACAUUAAAGGGGCAGAAGGAGCAGAAGGAGAUGCUGAAUGUCGUGAACCUUUCACUGAGGCGCCAACUGGACCACCUUCUGGAUGCCCUGAUGACAUAAAAAACACUGGGUCAGGAGAUUCUGGACGUUAUCAUCUCUUGUCUUCUGUGGUGACACCUGCAUUUUCUUCUGGAAGCUCUGAUACAAAGCAUGAAAGAAAUGUUGGUCAAAAUGGACACCUACCUGGAACGCAUUGUAAGCUUGCUCGCAAUAAAGGCAUUAUAGCUCUUGUGAUCCUAGUGGUAGUUUUGAUCAUCAUCAUUAUUGCAAUUUCAUUGGCUGAAACAUGUCCGUCUUGUCCUCUCUUUGCAAGCCAAGGAGUUGCCUGCCCAGAUUUCUGGGUUGGAUACAAAGGAAAAUGUUUCUAUAUAUCAAAAGAAGAAGGAAAUUGGUCUCUCAGUUUAAAGACCUGUUUGUCACUUAAUGCAUCGUUGGCUGUGAUUGAUACUCAGGAGGAAUUGGAUUUUUGGGUAAAAUUUUUCCAUCCGCUUCAUUACUGGUUUGGUCUUUCAAGAGAAGUUAACCAGACCUGGAAGUGGUCCAAUGGCACUGAGUUUAAAAACCAGUUUCCGGUGCGAGGAGAAGGCUUCUGUGCAUAUCUAAAUGGAGAAAGGACUGAUAGCUCCUUCUGUUCCAUGGAGAAACGUUUUUUUUGCAGCCAACCAGAAAGUUGUAGGGUAACUGGAUAACACAACUUCAUCCAAAGAAGGAACACUUGGCUUGACUAAUAUUCAUUGCAGUAGCACAUGUGUGUAGUCUGUCUGGUACAUCCAAAUUUGCUGCGGGUAACAUAAUCUUUAGUUGUAAGUCCUAAGGAUCUAUCUUCAGAUCCUAUCUUAACAAAGCUAUUCUGGACCUUCUGGGGAAUUUCACAUUCAGAAAAAGAGACCCCAGCCUUGUUGAGAAUUACAGACCAAUCUCACUUUGCUGCGUCACCUGUAAAGUCAUGGAAUCCAUCAUAAACCAAUCCAUCACCCUCCACUUAGAGACAAACAACCUACUCUCUAAUAAGCAAUUUGGUUUCAGGAAAAAAUUGUCCUGCAAUCUGCAACUCAUACACUGCAAAAACAUUUGGACUCUCAACUCGACCAAGGUAAAGCAAUAGAUGCAAUCUACUUAGACUUCUGCAAAGCCUUUGAUUCAGUGGUACAUAUCAAACUUCUGUUAAAACUAAGUUCUUACGGCAUUUUGGGAUCUUUGCACCAGUAGAUAGUUGCAUUCCUAUCAAACAGGCAACAAGUAGUCAAAAUUGGGAACACUACCUAACCCUGCACCAGUUAACAGUGGUGUUCCCCAAGGCAGCGUUCUAGGACCAACACUCUUUUUACUUUACAUAAACAACCUUUGUGAUGAUAUUAUAAGCAGCUGUGUCCUCUUUGUCGAGGACGUAAAACUCUUUAACAUCACAGGCAAUUCUACUACGCUACUAAAUGACCUAGAUUAUGUAUCUGAAUGGUCAAACAAUUAGCAACUCCGAAUCUCUGCUAACAAAUGCUCAGUCCUACACAUUCGCAAUAUAAAUCAGAACAUCAAAUGCAAGCUGGGCGGAAGUAAUCUAAAAGAUGAGCCACACUUUGUCAAAGACCUAGGAGAACUCAUUUCGAAAGAACUAACCCCCAGAGCUCACUGUAACAACAUUGCCAAAAAAGGCAUUCAGAGUUUCAACCUUAUUUUACAUAGUUUUCUCUCUGGUAACACUAUGCUGCUAACUAGAGCAUACAAAACCUUUGCCAGAUCUAUACUUGAAUCAGAGGUGUAUUCCUACCGGUUCGGCCAAGUAGGUAGUAACUUGGCCUGCCACGCUCCCGAAGUGGUUCUCUCGGUGACACCAUAGGCGCCCCCAUCCUGCCGGAGCAGUCAGAUGGUGGUGGUGCAAUAUUAAAAAAAAAAAUAACACAAGGGCUAUCAAAUUAAAUGUAAUCCGUUCUAAUUUUGAUUGCAGGAAAAAUGAUUUCAGCAAUAGAGUAGUAAAUGUCUGGAAUACUCUAUCUGAUCCUGUUAGUUCCUCUAACCCCCAUACCUUUUGCCUUAAAUUGCCUACUGUGGACCUUACACAUUUCUUAAGCAGUCCCCAAGGGAGCAUCCAUAAGCACACCAGAGUGCCUACUGUCCCUGUCCUACUGUCCCCAUUUAUAUGUGCUCUUUUUACGUGUUUAUGGCUUUGUUUUGCUUUUUUAUAUCCAUUUACUUGUGCCAUUUUUCAUGUGUUCGUGUCUAUGUCUAUACUAUUACUUGUUUCCUUGUACUUGUUGAGAAAUAAAUAAAAAAUAAAUGAAUACAAUUAUAGUACAUCAAGAUAGA